GAAAAACAGAAAUAGUUAAACAUAAAAUUAAUACUGGAAAUAUCUCUUCUAUUAAACAACAUCCCUAUAGAAUGUCUUCUAAAUAUGAAAAAUUUAUCAAGGAAGAGUUAAACAGAUUACUUCAACAAGGGCUCAUUAAAGUUUCUUAUAGCUCUUGGACCUCUCCUGCAUUGGUUGUUGGCAAAGCUAAUAGAAAGUUUAGACUUGUAAUUGAUUAUCAUCAAUUGAAUAAAGUAACUAAACCAGAUGCAUACCCCCUAUCUCGUAUUGCUGAUAUAAUUGAUACUUUGGCUCAUA